AUGAUCGUAACUUCUCGGUUGUUAUGCGCGGUGAUAUUUCUCACCUUUGUAAUUGCCAGAUACGAAGACAAAUAUGAUAGGUCUAAAAUGCCAUGGGAUCUGAGACCUAUCGAUCGAUUCAUCGGAUUAUGGUCCUUGACGGGGUCGAAUGGACGUCAAAGAGACUUGCCACCUCCAUCACAAAUCGAUUACGCCAUCAAUCCCAUUCCGAAGUUUGGAGCCAGAGCUGUCAACAUUACCCACACCUACUUCGACAGGAACAGCGUCGUCCGUCAUGACUACGGAUUCAUGCCAGUAAAAAACGCAACUAGAAGAGAUCCACGUGUCCAUGUCGCCUAUUUGACCACUUCUUCACAAGGAUGGUCCAUGAUGGAGCAGGGACAGGUGAAAGAAGGAAAGAUGACGUUCCAUUUGAAACAAUUCAUGAGAAGAAGUUUCGAUGUUGGAAACAAUAACAAUUUGGAGAUCAGAGAAUUCGAGAGACAAUUGGAACUUCCCGAUUACAACACUAUGAUUAUGAAGAUCCGUGCUGAAACCGCCUACGACACCGAAUCCUAUACUGCUACUUACAAAAGAGUCUACUGA